AUGCGCCAAGGGGAUCAACUGUUAGUGGACUUGUUCAUUGACUCUUUGGUGCAUCAGCAUACAUUGAAAUGGCUCAACUGGUGUCGGACCUUCCUUCACGCUGUCACUCUCUCCGAUAUCGUGAAUGCUGAAGGGACAGCGAUCACUCUGGACGCAUGGAAAGGGAUACAAGCAGAUUACCUUGCUGACAGGUACCAAUGGCCCCGUACUGCUCCUCCGUCUAAUCAGUGGUGGACUAUGUGGCAGCAAUGGAUCUCUACUCGCCUAACAGGCCACUCCAACCGACGCCGCCUCAGCUCCCCGUUAGGCCUGUGGCACUCAGCUGACUUGUCCUGGAAGUGGCAAUACUCCCCCUCUACCAAUACCCUGUUCCACCGCGAGGGUCAGAUAUGGAUCCCAUCUGAGCCUACUUCCUCCAGCAGCCGCCAGCGCAUCUUCUACUUGCCUCACCGCUUCAACCUGGAUCUCCCACCUCUACCAGUGGACACUGUCCACGCCUCGGUCUCUGUCUUCUCUAGCCGGUCUCCGAGCCACAAGAGCCGUGUCCUCCUCCACUCUACUGGCCCACACCAACCAGCCGAAACACCUGCCCCCCAUCUUCCAUCCUUGAUCUUUGGCACCAAUUUGGCAGUCUGGCUGAGUCAGGUUCUCACGGCUGGGUUCCAGAGGAAUAUCAUCUGGAUCACCUGCCAAACCCCUGCAAAAUUUGAGGAUCAGAGUUCAACGCAAAGCGAAUUGAUUGGCCUUAUGGCUUCUCUCCUGGUGUUGGAAUGGAUGGCUCAGCUUGUCCAACUGAAGCUCUUUGCCAGCCAACCUUCGGUCAAGAUGGCCUGCGACGGCCUCAUUACCCUGGAUAAGUCCUUCUCAGAAGCACAUCUGUCCUCGUCUGGCGCGCAGUUUGACUUGGCCUCCACCAUCCGGGCCUUGCUUCGCCACCUUCCUCUCCAAGUUCAUUGGCGUCAUGUCAAGGGUCACCUAGAUAAGCAGCGUCCUUUCUCUCAACUGGACUGGUGGGAGCAGCGCAAUCUGGACUCCAAAGCACAAGCCUACCGCCGCCUGUUGGAGUCCACAGGCCAGUCUGCUGCCUCCAACCCCCGCUCGUUAUUCAUUGAUGGUGUUAAGUCUUCCAAACUGGAUCAGGCUCACAUCAUGGAGCUGGUCUCUCUUCCUGCCCUUCAAGCAUAUUGGUCCUCCAAGGACCGCCUCUCCGAGCAGUCCAUCCGUGAGGUCGAUUGGUUGUCUCUGGCACGCGCCAUGAAAGCCCUCCCGGCCAAUCUUCAACGCUGGACACCCAAGCAUAUCUCC